GAUUCGAUUCAGGAAAGGAUUGUUCCCUUCACUUCACUCAAUUAUCGGCAAGACCGUGUCGGGCAGCCACAAGCAACGGUUGAUGCAGCACCCCUGCCCUUUGCUGACUACUACCAUGGCGACAGCACAAAACCUGAGUCGUGCCAUCCAGCCCCCUGCAGGUGUCCUCGGCAUGGUCGAACUGAACAGGGCUGCAUUUGACACCACGGUAUCUGUGCCAAGCUUCGAAGUGGAUGCCAAGGAUAUAGCAGACGUCAUGACACACAUGCGUAAAUACCUGCUGAAGUUGCCGAAAUUCAAGGCUGUGCAGGAGAAUGGUACCAGGAAGCGAUUUCAUCUUGACCCAGCCAAGGUUUCUACGUUCAAUGAGAUCGACUUGGCUUCUCAGGCUGCACUCUCACAAGCAGGGGUCUCUGUGCUUGGGGAGCGGCAGGUGUCACUCACUUACGAUAACUGGACGAGUGAAGACAUACUGCGUGCCGUAAUUGGCCAACCAGAUGCUUCGGGUUACAGUUUGAUUGGCCAUGUGCUGCACCUCAACCUUCGUGAGCACUUGCAGCCCUACAAGAAGCUAAUUGGACAGGUGUACUUGGACAAGGUGAAGAAUGUUCGGUGUGUGGUGAGCAAGGUGAACAUAAUCGAGAACACCUUCCGCAACUUCUGCAUGGAGCUGCUUGCUGGAGAGCGUGACACCAGGGUCCAGGUCAAACAGAAUGGUGCCAGGUUCGAGUUUGACUUUGCAAAUGUCUACUGGAACCCACGGCUGUCCACCGAGCACUCGCGUGUCAUCGACCUUCUGCAUCACGGUGAUGUCUUGUACGAUGUCUUUGCUGGUGUCGGACCAUUUGUUAUCCCUGCGGCACGCAAGGGUUGCACAGUGUUUGCAAAUGACCUGAACCCACACUCGUAUGCCUGGUUGAAUCACAACGUGACCCUGAACAACGUGUCAGACAGGGUGAGCACCUACAACAUGGAUGGCCGCGAGUUUAUCCAGAAGGUGAUAGGGGAGAGCCUCGUACAGCACCUAGCAGACAACAGGCACGUGCAUGUUUGCAUGAACCUUCCAGCGUUGGCAACAGAAUUCCUGGACACAUUUGUUGGGCUCUUGUCGGGGAGUGAACACUUGAAUGAGCUGGUAAAAAACUGCUACGUGAAAGUCCACUGUUACUGCUUCGUCAAGGGCGAGGAGGGUGUGACUGGCGCCAAGCGGAAGGUGGAGGAGGGACUCGGGCAGCCACUGGAGAGGGACGUGCAGGUGUCGUUUGUGCGCAAUGUGGCACCAAACAAGGACAUGAUGAGGGCGUCGUUUGACCUCGCACUGAAGAUCUUGUCCGACUGCUCACCAGCCAAGAGGUGCAAGAUGGAAAGAACGCAAGUAACUCUCGUUGGGUCAAAAUAAAAUAGUGCCUCCAUUGCUGUGCUACAA